UGUGGAGGCACACAUAGAGGAGGGAGAAAGUGAGCAAGCUUGGUCAAUAGACACAAACAGGUCUUACACACUGUCCGAGUUCAAACGUGCGGCCACGCUGACGAAGAGGAGGAAGCACCUGACCACCCUUCCGACGAGACAAGUCACAAUGUUGUUGACCUUGAUCGUCUUCAGUGCCAUCUUCAGUGGAGGGUGCACGUCACUAACCCAGAGUACAUCACCCUCAACCGGCGCUAUGGAAGAAGUACCCUGUUACAUCUCCAACGCAGGCCGCAAGGCAGACUGCCUGGGUAGGCAGCUGGAGAGCGUCCCAUGGAGACACUUUCCAUCCACGCUGGAGGACAUCGACCUGUCCUUCAAUAAACUCCAAGCAGUCCGUUCGGAGGACUUCCUGCACCUCCCUCGCCUCCGCGUGCUUAACCUGCACUUCAACAACAUCUCACACAUUGACAGUGACGCCUUCAGGAACAACAGCCUGCUGGAGCAUCUCAACAUCUUCAACAACUCCCUACGGGAGAUUCCUGCCUCGGUGCUAACGUCUAUGUUGAACUUGAAAUAUCUGUACAUGUCCAACAACCUUUACAAGCAUGCUACAUUAUCCAAGCGGUUUUCCAGGCUGGCCAAGCUGCAGGUUCUCUCCAUGGGCGGCGAUCUCGUGGAGGGUCUGAAGAAGGAAGACUUUCACCCACUAAAGAACAUCAAGUUACAAGGUUUUGCUAUCAAAUGCUCCUCCAAUUUAAGUUACUACGAGCCAGGAAGUCUACGGAUUAUCAAAACUGAGCAGAUGGGUUUCGACAUGGCCAUCGACCAGCGGCCAGGCACUCUUCUUCACAUGCUGAAAGACCUCGCCAACAAGACCUUCACCGGCAUCCAGUUCCGCAACCUCUUUGGGUUCACAUACUACAUGGGAGACGAGGACAUCUUCCAGGGUUUAGAGGAGAUCACAGCCCACCAGUUAGUCUUCCACAGAGGAAAGUUCAACGAGAACCUCCUGAGGAUGGCGCUGACCAACUUGCAAGUCGCCCCCAUCAAGAGGGUCCGAUUCCAGUACAUAGACUUUGCGCGCUCACCAACAUUCAUAGACAGCGGCGCCAAAUCUAGUAUCACGGACCUGAAGCUGGAAAAGCUGGAUCUCUGGUACAUCAGCAAUCCUGACAUUCUACGCUUUGACUGGCGCUUUACCUGGUUCAACAAGAUCAAACAGCUGUCCAUCGGCUUUGUUUACUUCAACUCAGUCCCUUGCGAUGCCUGGGUGGAGAUGGGCGGCGUGGAGAUCCUGGAUGUCUCCAACAACCGCCUGCAGGACGAAUACAUUUUCAACCAGGUCUGCGACAAUAGGGGCUCCAUGUUCAGCCUUCACACCUUCAACUUGAGCACCAACGAGCUGACCAGCUUGAGAGACUUGUCAGCGUUGACCAGGCAGUUCCGCCAGCUGCAAGUGUUGGACCUCAGUCACAACAAGUUGGGAUCCGCCGAAAGCAGCCGCGGUUGCGUCUGGCAAGAAAACAUAAUCAGGAUCAUCGCUCACCACAAUCAAUUCACCACAGAAGCCCUCGCUUGUCUGCCCACCACAGUGCACUUCUUGGACCUAUCCUCAUGCAACCUGGACCAGCUAAACGUCACAUAUUUCGAGAAGGCUACCAAUCUGAAGGAGCUGAUUCUGAGCGACAACAAAAUCAAAUUCAUCCCAUCCAAAUGGGAGAGUCCAUCCCUGCACAGACUGGCUUUGGAUGGGAAUUCCUUUGGUCUCAUCAGUAAGGAAUCAUUCCAGCACAUGCCUGGACUCUCUCACUUAAGGGCCGGGAACAACCCAUACCACUGUACCUGUGAGCUUCACGCCUUCAUUGAGGACACCAAGACCAAAAAGCAGAUCAACCUGACAGACUGGCCUGCGAACUACAAGUGCUACCACCCGGAGCCCUUUCUUAACACUGUCAUAUCCCAGUACUUCCCGAGCGAGGUGGCGUGCGAUGUCAGAUUGGUCAUCAUCAUCAGUGUCGUGACAACUGCGGCAGUCAUCCUCAUCCUGAUGCUUAUCUGCUACAUUUUCGACUUGCCGUGGUACACCAAGGCCACCUAUCAGAUCAUCAGGGCGAAAUACAGAGCGCACAAGGAGCGAGCCACCGGAGAGGCCGGACCUUUCGACUAUCACGCCUUCAUUUCCUACAGCCACUGGGAUGCCGACUGGGUGAGGGAACAGCUCCUGCCAUGUCUGGAGAACAAUCGGAACCCCUACCGACUGUGCAUACACGAGAGGGACUUCAUGCCAGGACGCUGGAUCAUCGACAACAUCAUCGAGAACAUCGAGAACAGUCACAAGAUCAUAUUUGUGCUCUCGCGGCACUUUGUCAACAGCGAGUGGUGCAACUACGAGCUGUACUUUGCUCAGCAGCGAGCCAUGGGCAAGACGUUCAGCGACGUCAUCCUGGUGGUGAAGGAGCCCAUUGACCCGGGCACCCUGCCCAGCAAGUACUGCAAGUUGAAGAAGAUGCUGAGCACCAAAACGUACCUGGAGUGGCCUCAGCAGGCCAACCAGCAGGCUUUCUUCUGGGCGCAGCUGAGGAGUGUUCUGGGCAAGCCCACCAGGCACAGCAUCCGGAGAAGGAACUCAUCCGUGGGGGACCGCUCGCUGAAGGGGGCCGAAGGUCCAGAAGUGUCAGAUCCUGAUGGAGAAGCGGAGAACGUUAAUGACGGAGUGUUCAAUGGAAGACAAAUCCCUGCGGUGGCCGAGAGCCGUCAAAUGAAUAUUCUCCUUCAGCGACGCCGCGUUGCUGCUGUACCACCAGUGGCCAAAGAGGUCGCCGUUGUCACUCAAGAUAAAUCAGGAUCAGGUGAGGGGGUAGCUCACAAGAGACGAGAUGCCAGCUGGGCACACUUGAGUUUGUUAAUUUCGUGGUCAGGCAACGAGCAAGUUGACAAAAUGACUCGUCAGCUGGAAAAGGCCAUCGAGGGCCUCAUCACCGUCUUCCACUCGUACUCGGCCAAAGAGGGCGACAAACACAAGCUGAGCAAAGCCGAGCUCAAGACGCUUCUGCAGGAGGAGCUCACUGACUUCAUGGCCGGCUGCAGCGACGCGGCCGCCAUCGACAAGAUCAUGACUGACUUGGAUGAGAACGGCGACCAGCAGCUGGACUUUCAGGAGUUUGUUGUUCUAGUGGCGGCGCUCACCGUGGCUUGUAACGAGUUCUUCGAAGGCUCCUGCAAGAACUAAACGAAAUGGUGAUGUGAGAUUAUCAUGUAUGUCAGUGUUUUUUGCGUCCUAAUAAAAAUGCUUAAACUACUUAAA